UCUAAACAUGGCGAACAGUGGGGUGGAAACGGAUCUUUUGUCCGAAAUACAGAACGCUUUUCUCAGCGAAAAACAAAAUCUUGUAGUUCAAAACGUUGGAACUCAAUAUGAUCCAGUCGAAGUUUGUCUGGACAGAAGUGUGGCCGAAACAGUCAAUCAUGUCUUCAAACACAAGGUCAAUGAAGUUAAACCAGUAACAAACCAAAGGGCAUCUGGACGAUGCUGGAUAUUUGCAUUUUUGAAUGCAAUUCGCCAAAAAUUUGUGCAACACUUUAACCUGGAAGACUUUGAGUUUAGUCAACAGUUUCUCUACUUCUGGGACAGAAUUGAAAGGUCAUAUUUUUUCAUAAAUACUUAUGAAGAACUGGCUCGCAAAGGGGAAGAACCUGAUGGGCGAUUGAUGAUGUUUCUUUUGUCCAACCCUUUAAAUGACGGUGGUCAGUGGGACAUGCUUAUCAACCUGGUGGAAAAGUAUGGCCUGGUGCCAAAGGCAGUCUGGCCUGAAGCAUUUACAUCUAACAGGUCCAUGCGAUUGAGGAGGAUAAUCAAUCACAAGCUGCGAGAAUAUGCUGUGCAGCUUAAAGAACUGGUGGACAAGAAAUGCAAUGAAGAGGAAAUGAAACAAGCUAAGAAGAAAAUGAUGACAGAGGUAUAUAGGAUAACAAGCAUAUGUCUUGGCACUCCACCCAAGACUUUUGAGUGGGAGUAUAUUGACAAAAGUAAAAAAUAUUGCAAGCUUUCAGGAUUAACUCCGCUUCAAUUUUACAAUGAGCAUGUCAAACCAGUUUACAACCCGCUUGACAAGGUGUGCCUAGUGAACGACCCUCGAAAUCCUUACAACAAACUGCUGACAGUAGAGUACCUCAGUAAUAUGGUGAAUGGACGGCGUGUCUUAUACAAUAAUCAACCUGUGGAAGUUCUCAAGAAGUUGACAGCUGCGUCUCUUAAGGACAACGAGGCAGUUUGGUUUGGAUGUGAUGUUGACAAACAUUUUGAAAGAAAAAUUGGAGCACUUCAUUUGGACAUUCAUAGUUAUGAGUUGACAUUUGGCAUUUCCAUGAAGUAUUUAAACAAAGCUCAGCGUUUGCUGUAUGGUGGAUCGCUCAUGACCCAUGCUAUGGUGUUCACUGGAUUUUCCUGGGAGGAAAACACCAAAACUACAGACAAUGAAGAUCAUUCAAAACCAGUAGAGGAAGGUGCUGCAGUGGACAUUAAAACCAUGAAAUGGCGUGUGGAGAAUUCCUGGGGUGAUGAGAAAGACAAGCCAGGCUACCUUAUGAUGACGGACAGCUGGUACUCAGAAUAUGUCUAUGAGGUUGUUAUAGACAAGAAAUAUGUUCCGGAUGAUGUGUUGGGUGUCCUGCAACAGGAACCAAUAGUGCUGCCUGCUUGGGAUCCAAUGGGGUCCCUGGCGUGUGUUUCGUGUGACAAUGAGGUACAAAUAUCUCAUUUGUAAUGAUUAGUCAUGAUCUCUUGUAUUGAUAAGUUUGCAUGGCUCGUUUUCAUGGUAUUUAGCAAAUAUGUAUCUCAUUUGCGAUAAUUAGAUAAUUCACUAUUAUUCUUAUUGAUAAUAUUGUAAUGCACGUUUUUAUGAUAUGCAGCAAAUGUUGAGUGGAUAGAGGGUGAUCUCAUAAUUCUUUUCCUGGGCGUUCCGGCUGACGAUUACAUGCCACGUAUUUGAUCGAAUAAGCGCCCACGCUCUAGUAAGCGCCCUUCAUGGAACAAGCGCCCACCCCUCGGGCUAUAAUGUCAAAUAAGCGCCCCCCUCCCCCUCCUCCCUCACUUUCUUUAAAAAAAAGUAGGGAGUCAAGAAUAUCUAGCCAUGAAAAUUCAGGAAGGAAAGUAACUUGGAAGGCAAGUUUUAACUUUUUUUGUCGAGAUAACAAAAUAAAAGUAAACAAGUUUACAUUUCAGAACUUUGCGUCACGGACUUUUACACUGAGUUCAGGUGGUGAUAAACCGAACAACUUCAACAUUCUUCGAGAUAGAUAGCUCCUUGGUACUGGAAAAAAAACUGCUUCAGAUUUUGACUUCAGAUCGUAUAAGCUCCGUGGUUUCUGGAGAACCCUUGCCAUUUAUUAAAAUAUUGUUUUUAACAAGUAUUGUAAAAUUACUAAUUUCGUGAUGCAAUUUUAUGUUUUCUCUCUCUAUGAAUGGCGAAUUGUGUUAAAAAUAUUAUUACCGUAAGGAAUACAUGUUGUUCUUUCAGACGGUAAAAAAUAAGAGAUCAGUAAGAAAAGAUGUAAGUACCAGACCUGCAAUGUAGAUGGUAAUAUCGGAUGAAAAAGGAGAAUUAUAGUGACGCAGGUGACCCAAGCAUUUCUGCGAAACAUGGUGGCCUUUGACUCGAUUUAACCGAUAUCGAAGUCGUUCGGAACCAAAUUCAGACAAACCUACGGCUCUCAGCCUAUAUCAGAAUUUUUUAGUUAAAAAAAAAAAAAAAACAGCUUUCUUGUGAGAACCAGAUGUUGACAAUGAAUGCAUUGUUAGGGAUUGAGUAAUUGGCAUGCUGACUGCAGUAAUAAAACUGGAAAAAAUGAUUGCUUUUUAAGCACAUACUCGGGUGGAUUUGUAAUUACUUAUAGUUUUACCUGAUUGCAGUUUAGGCUGUGGGAUAUCUGUCUUUUCUUUAUCUUUUAUACAAUUUUUUCCUGAUUGAAUUUUCUACCCUUGGUGAUGAAAAUUGUAUUUAUUUGAUUAUGUUAUAUGACUGAUAAUUGACGGUUGUAGCUACAAGCUAUCGUGAGCAAGGAUUCUCUAAGGUAGAUCUGUAGGGGGCCAUGAAAUCGUCAUUUCUGCCCCUGUCGUUUAACAGUUGGUAAUCAUGGACUGUCAUUGUACCAACGCUGGUACCCAUAAGCUCCCAGCUCGGUUUUUUUUUUUUUUUUUUUCACCUUCUCCCUCUUCAGUCCUUAAAAAAGCGGGUGAGGAAUGCUCGGCUGAAGGUGUUAUUUGCCCCCCAAAACAGUGAACUUGUACCUCUCAGUCAUCAGAUGCUAAUGAUGUUGUACG